AUGAAAUCUUUAGACUUCAUGCUGACAGCCAUCUGAGUGAGAAGAGACGGCGUCAAUGGAUCUGGCUGUGGCCCUGGUGCUCUGCCUCUGCUCUCUGCUUCUCCUCUCACUCUGGAAACAGAGCUCUGGGAGAGGGAAGCUCCCGCCGGGCCCCACUCCUCUCCCGAUUCUUGGAAACAUCCUACAGUUAGAUGUUAAGAACAUCAGCAAAUCCUUAAAUAAUCUCUCAAAAGUCUACGGCCCUGUGUUCACUCUGUAUUUUGGCAUGAAGCCCAUGGUGGUCUUGCAUGGGUAUGAAGCAAUGAAGGAAGCUCUGAUUGAUCUAGGAGAGGAGUUUUCUGGAAGAGGCCGCCUCCCAGUGAAUGAAAAAGUUAGAAAAGGACAUGGAAUCCUUUUCAGCAAUGGCAAGAGAUGGAAGGAGACCCGGCGCUUCUCCCUCAUGACCCUGCGGAAUUUGGGGAUGGGGAAGAGGAGCAUUGAGGACCGAGUUCAAGAGGAAGCGCGUUGCCUUGUGGAGGAGUUGAGAAAAACCAAUGGGUUGCCCUGUGAUCCCACUUUCAUCCUGGGCUGUGCUCCCUGCAAUGUGAUCUGCUCCAUUAUUUUCCAGAACCGUUUUGAGUAUAAAGAUCAGUUUUUUCUAGAUAUGAUGAAAAUGUUUAAUGAAAACGCCAGAAUUCUAAGCUCUCCAUGGCUGCAGGUCUGCAAUACUUUCCCUGUUCUCAUUGAUUAUUUCCCAGGGAGCCAUAACAAAUUCCUUAAAAACUGUGCUAAUUUAAAGAGUUAUAUUUUUGAGAAAACAAGAGAACACCAAACAUCCCUGGACAUUAACAAUCCUCGGGAUUUUAUUGAUUGUUUCCUAAUCAAGAUGGAGCAGGAAAAGGACAAUCAAGAACUUGUGUAUAUGGCUGAAAACUUGGCAAACACUAUAUUGGAUUUGUUUGCAGCUGGGACAGAAACAACAAGCACCACACUGAGAUAUGGGCUCCUCCUCCUGCUGAAACACCCUGAGGUCACAGCUAAGGUCCAGGAAGAGAUUGACCGUGUCAUUGGCAGACACCGGAGCCCCUGCAUGCAGGACAGGAGCCACAUGCCCUACAUGGACGCUGUGGUCCAUGAGAUCCAGAGAUAUGUUAACCUGGUCCCCACUGGUAUACCUCAUGCAGUGACCCAGGACAUUAACUUCAGAAACUACCUCAUCCCCAAGGGCACGAAUAUAUUAACAUCACUGACUUCUGUGCUACGUGAUGACAAAGAAUUCCCCAACCCUGGGGUAUUUGAUCCUGGCCACUUCCUGGAUGAGAGUGGCAACUUUAGAAAAAGUGACUAUUUCAUGGCUUUCUCUACAGGAAAACGUGUUUGUUUGGGAGAGGGCCUGGCCCGCGUGGAGCUGUUUUUAUUUCAGCCCACAAUUUUACAAAAAUUUACCUUGAAAUCUGUGGUUGACCCAAAGGACCUCGACAUCACCCCAGUUGUCAAUGGGUUAGCUUCUGUGCCACCUUUCUACCGGCUCUGUUUCAUUCCUGUGUAAGGAAUGUUAGAUCAUCUGGCUUCUUCACUGAUGUUGUCUUCAACUCCCUCUCAUCUGCAGCAUUGUUCACCUGCUUCCCCUCAUCUUUCCUGAGAGUGCCUGCUCUGACCUCUCUUCAUUCAUUGUGCAAUUUCACUGCAGAAAUGUAUCUGCUCUUCUUAAUACUCUGUAACAUCUGUAUUGGCUUCCAGAUAAUGCACAUAAUUAUCUGAUGUUGAGUAGUUCCACAUGCAUAGGACUAUAUACUCCAUCAAAAUAAAACAAGAUUAUUACUCUCUGUACAACACAGAGCUAUUUCUGCUAUGCCUGUUCCUAAUAAAACACAUAACUUGGUAAGCCAGAA